AUGUCUCAAAUGAAAUGUGAUACCUGCCGUCUUUGCGGUAUUAAAUUUGAGUUCGAACAUUUAAAAUAUAUCUUUAAUGAAACAACUGAUUUAGUACAGAUAAUAAAUGAAACUUUACCAAUUAAGGUUUCACAAGAUGACUGUUUUAAAUAUAUAUGUUUAGACUGUUAUGAUAAAGUUAUCAAUCAUCAUACCUUUGUUCAAAAUAUAUUAGCACACUCGAAGAAAACAGAAACAAAAACUGACUCUGUCUUUGAAAUCAACAAAAAUGAGAAAUUUGAAGAUGUGAUUUAUAAGUUACACAAUGACAUGAUAUAUCCCUGUCCAAAUUGCAAUAAAAACUUAAUAAUCUUAAUAAACAGCAAUUCUUCAGAUAAUAAUCAUGCAUUUGAUGUUUCAUUAGUUCUUGUGAAUCCAAUAGAACAAUUGCAAGAAAAUAAUCAAAUAUCUGAUGAUACAGAGGAGUUUAACAUAUGUACAUGGAAAUCACGGGCAUUAGAUAAGUUAUAUAAAGUAUCAUUGAAUCAUGAUAUUGUUAAUGAGAAUACAACAAGUGAUAAUAAACGAAACAUCAAUAGGAAACUUAGAAGCUUGCAAAAAGAUACUAAGGAUACAGCUAACGUUAUACCACAUAAUAUUGAUACAUCAUGUGAACUAAAAACUGGUGAAAAGAGAAAGAGUCAACAAAGUAUUUCUACAAAAACAUUUGUUAGUCCUGCUAAGAUACAGAAAGUAGAAGUAAAAUUAGAUAAAAUGGAACAAAAUUACAAUCAUGAAUUAGAUAGUGAUUACAGUACAUUAAGUGUAGCUGACUUAAUAACAUUUCGAUCGGUAGACAAUGAAUGUCUUAGUGAGGAAAUAAAAAAUAAAGGCAAUAAUCUUAUUAAAUCUCAAAUAAUUUGGAAAAAAUUAAAUGCAAAAGAACAAGAUGAAUCCAAUGGUAAUUAUGAUAGAUCAAAUAUGACUGACUUGAUAAUAUUUCAGCCAGAAAACGAUAAUGUGGAAUCUGUCUGUGAUGAUAAAGGAAUUAAAGAUAACAAUGUAAUAGACAUGACGAAAAUGGAAGAAUGUGUUAACGAAAAUGAUACAAAUGACAUCAACAUUUCAAAAAAUAAUGCAAAACAAGUAUGUAAUUUGUGUGGAGCUUGGUAUAUCUUACAAGAUAAAUAUGAGUUUCACAUGGAGAGACACAAAUUAAAUAAAAUAGAUAAAUACGUUUGUACAAAAUGCGAUAAAGAAACUAAAAAUGAAAAUUUGUUGUGGUGUCACUAUCUCAACCAUCACAAGAACUCAAACGAAUUCCUCUGCUUAAAAUGUAAAAAAGUAUUUGUUAAAAGAUCAAAUUUAGUUGCGCAUCAGAAAAUAUGCAAACUCUCUGAUCACGAAGCAGUAUUAAAUGUUGAAGCAAAUAUAAAUAAUAAUAAGAAGCAAAAAUGCAAAAUCUGCAAAAAAUUGAUAAAAAAUGUAGAUCGUAAUGCUAUUGACAAUCAAAGAAAAUGUGCCUCUUGUAAAGAAAAAAGACAACCGCAGCGAAAAUAUUAUUGUUCGGAGUGCAAUAAAAACUUCAUGCGUCAGGAGAGACUUGAGUUCCAUAGGAUGCGACAUAAUGAGAACAUGAACGAGUUUAUCUGCAGCACAUGCGGGAGAGAAUUCAGUGGGGAAAAUUCUUUGUACGAACACUUUAUCUUUGUGCAUAAGAGAUUUAGACCACAUAUUUGUGAAAUAUGUGGUAAGUCAUUUCAGCUGAAGAUACGAUUGAAAGAACAUCAUCGAACACAUACUGGUGAGAUGCCAUAUCAAUGUGAAAUAUGUGGCCUGCGAUGUAGAACUACACAUGCAUUGGCAUUUCACAAGAAAUCUCAUUUCUCCAAUCGCCACACUUGCGAGAUAUGUGGCAAAUCGUUUCUUAAGAAGCAGAAUUGGAAUGAACAUCUAGAGAAACACUGGAAAAAAGACAAGAAAAUAUCACUUUCGCAAAUAUUUACAUGUCCUGUAUGCAACGAUGAUUUGCCAACCUACCGCAUGUUAAGAACUCAUAUGAUUACAAAUCAUAAGCUCGACCAUCAAGAUCCCUUAAUAAUUAAUCAAAAACCAUUAUAUGAAUGCAACAAGUGUCAAGAAAAAUUCAGACAUCAAAUGUCUCUCAAGUCACACAAGGACAGGGUGCACGAAGGCAAAACGGUACCUCUUUUAUUUCAGUGUGAUAUAUGCGAAAUUACAUUCAAAUCCAAACGAGUGUUAAUAAAGCAUAUUCGGAACGAGCAUGAUGAGAACAAGCAUAAACAAUAUAAAAAAAAAUUCAGAAAUAAAGAAGAUCUUGAUCAUCACGUUUCACUACACAAUAGUAAGAAGUUUGCAUGUGAGUAUUGUAACAAGUUCUUCGAGCAAAAGGAUGACAGGGACUUACAUCACCAUGAACACACAAACAUUUACCAGUGCGGAGAUUGCAACGAAUCAUUCAAUAGUUCUGCUAGCCUCUUAAAUCAUCGCAAAAAGAUGCACCAAUCCGAGAAUCCAGAAUACAAAAUUAAAUGCGACAAUGUACAACAAAUUAAAAUUCAUUUGGACGAAUCUCAAUGA